AUGGCCACACCCUCCUCACCCCCAACCCACCAAGACCAAGACCAAACCUCAGACAACCUCCAAAUCCAACCCUUUUGCACACCCUCAAACCCUAACUCCCCCAAACCACCACUACCGCUCCAAUCCACCACCUCUCCGACCAAGAAAAUCACACCCAUCCCAUGGACCCACGAAGAAACCAUCAAUCUCAUCCAAGCCUACCAAGAAAAAUGGUACUCUCUCAAGAAAGGUCAGCUCAAGGCUAACCAAUGGGAAGAAGUCGCAAUCACCGUCGCCGCUCGCUGCGAGUAUGACGAACCCUCCAAAUCCGCCACCCAGUGCCGCCACAAGAUCGAAAAGCUCCGUAAACGAUAUCGAUCCGAGAAACAGAAACCUUAUCCCAAUUCUUGGCAGUACUUCGAAUUUAUGGACCGAAUGGAACGUGGCCCGUUACCCAUCUCUGCUAGGCCUAUGGCCUUGAUUAAGUACGAAAAAUCUGAUCCGAGUGAUGACAAUGAAGACAGUGAUGAUGAAGAUGAAGUGGAUGUGGAUUAUGGUAAUGAUAGCAAGAGAAAUAAGGCGAGGAGUAUCAAUCACAUUGUUAAUAAGACCGGGGCAGAUAAGAAAUUGGGUAAUGGAAAUCCUAGGGUUUUGAGGGUUUUGCAGAAUCCGUUGAAUUGGAAGCGGAAAGAGUAUUUGGAGAGUGAAGGUAGUGAGGAGGAAGAGGAAGAGGAAGAGGAGGAGGACAAUGGGGCUGGAGGGAGGGAAUUGGCGGCAGAGAUCAGGAGUUUCGUGGAGAGGUUUGUUAAAAUGGAGAAUAAUAAGAUUGAGAUGAUGAGAGAGAUGGAGAGGUUACGAAUGGAGAUGGAGAAUAAGAGAAUGGAGAUGAUUCUUGAAUCGCAGAGGAAGAUUGUCGAUAGCAUUGGCAGGGCUUUUGGGUCUCAUAAGAAAAUGAAGAUGGCUCAAGAAUCUUGA